AUGGAUUCAAUAGCUAAAAUAAAUAACUAUCUUCAAGAAUUCAGUAGAGUAUCUGGGAUAGAGGCUAACUCUUGCAAGAGCUCUGUUCUCAUGAGUGGGAUUGAAGACAAUUCACAGGCACAAAUAUGUACAUACUUAAACUUCCCAGAGGGUUCUUUGCCUAUGAGAUAUUUAGGAAUGCAUUUGGUUUCAAAAAGACUUUCUUUCCUGGACUACUCAUCUUUGAUCUCAAAAAUAUCAGAUCAACUUCAAAACUGGCAAUGCAGGAAGAACUUGUCAUAUGCUGGGAGAAUUCAACUAACCAAGACUGUUACCUUGGGGAUUCAAAUAUACUGGACAAGUAAUUAUAUUCUGUCGAUUAAGGUGCUAGAAAAGAUUGAUAUGUUAUGCUCUGCUUUCUUGUGGGGAAGCAAAAUCCACCUUGUCUCCUGGAUAGAGAUUUACAAGGAUAAAAAGUUAGGAGUAUUGGGUCUAUUGUCUGCCAAAAUAUGGAAUUAUGCUGUAGCUAUCAAGAUGUUAUGGAUGAUACACUCUAAAAAGGACCUCUUGUGGAUAAAAUGGGAUAUCAAUCAGUGUGUCCUAUGUGAUAAUUCUGUUAUGGAGUCCAGAAAUCACUUGUUCUUUGAGUGCCGAUACUCUUCUUAUGUAUGGAACAAUCUGAUGGCGUGGCUAGAGUAUUCAUGGAGAUCUUGUAGCUGGGAUCAUGUAAUGGGAUGGUACACCAACAACUUGAGGGGUUUUGGAUUCAUGAAGAAGUUAAAAAGAAUGACAUUAUCAGGGGCUGUCUACUGGAUAUGGAAGGAGAGAAAUAUGAGGAUUUUUCAGCAAAAAACCAGCAGUCCUGAUCAACUUAUUAAAGAAGUGAAGAUUUUAGUACUCUUAAAAGUUCUAAAUGUAGAUAUUCCUGAGCACUUGAGCGAAAAAAUAGGAAAAUUGUAA